AUGAGGCUCGCCCGUCAUGUGGACAAUGCAGGCGAGGCGGCCACGAGUGUAGCGGCUAUUGGUCCCCCUUGCUUUGGAUCAGCCAAAGCCCGACGGGUCGGCCCCGGGCUGACCGGAGCCACGAGUUUCGAUACCCUUUCUUUUCAGCGCCGGCAGAUGAGUGUCGAGAUUUCUCGCAGUCUUGGUUGCAAGUCCGUUGUUGAACUCUUAGAUCGCCUCGACUCUUCCUGCCAGAGAUUGGAGACCCGAGGCCGGUCUGUCCAGGGGUUGACCAGGGGGCCCUUUAGUGCCUUCUCAUGUGAUAUCCGCUACGAUGACGAAGACUCGCCCCCCGCUCAUGUUACUCUUGAAACUGGAGGAGCUUCUAGCCAGUCUUCCCAGGGAGAUGUGCACCCGGCGGCUGCGGAUGCAAAAGAAAUUAUGUCUGAAAGAGACUCUUUUGGUCUCAACGAGUACGCAUCCAAUAUGGCAGAACUAGAGCCAGGGUCGGCGCUCUUCCCGUCAUUUGACUCGGCUGCCAAUCUCAACGAUUGGUUUGAUAGUUUUGAAGACUCUGUGUUCGACCCAUUUCUUGCCCCACCAACAAUGCAGGGCUCAUCUGGGUCUAUGCUCCCUCCUAUCCCCUUAGAUGAGUCCUUACUUGAUACGACUAAUAUAUCCAUGGAAACCUCCAGUGUUGUUGUAGACAACCACCUAGCAGCAGCCAGCCCCGACGCCAGCCCCGGCCGCAUCUGGCAUGGUGAGGAUAAUGCCACGAGACGACUCUCCAUUAUCGCCCCCGACCUCACGCCUGCAGCCGAGACUAUACUCCCGCCCCAUUCAGAGCCCCUGAUACGCUAUUAUCGGCAGCAGAUAUAUGAGGGGCGCUUUCUGCAGGCCAAGAAGGCCUCGCCGUGGCAAUCCAUAUUCUUCCCCUGCGCUCUUGAAACCUUUGCAGAACUGUCACUCUGGCGAACGACUACCAAGACCCGCUAUGCUCUCCUUUAUGCUUUAUUGGCUUUGAGCUCCUUCAACCGCUGGUCGCGGAAUGAUGAUAGCAAUGGUGUUGGUGGCAAGUCAUGGUAUGAAGUUGGAUGUUGCUAUCAGCAAGGUGCGCAGCAUCACCUACGCUCCGCUCUUGCAACAGAGAUGACAGGACUUGAGCAGGCUAGAUACAAGGAACUUCUCAUGGCUAUUCUUGCCGUGUCCAUGAUAUCAGCGACGCAGGACCUCCUGGACAACCCAGACGCGAAAGCUCUCGCCCAGGGCCUUCAUCAGGCUAUCAUCAUCUACUACUAUAGGAAGGUGGCCAAAGUCAGCCGCAUGGUGAUACAGAGCAUCGUCGAGAAGGCGCUGGACUACCUGGAACCCUGCAUCGCACGCAUCAACGACCAGGACCUCACGCCCUGCAUCGCCUGGGCGGUUUCAACCGCCGCUUGCGAGGCGGCCACUUCGGCCCUUCAGGAGAAAGCGCUGAGGGUCUUGGGUGCUGUGGAGGAACAAGGCGUCUUUUUGCCAAAUAUGCCGUCCAGGGAUACUUUGACGAUGAAAUGGCAACAGCAAACCCUUGUAGGAGUAUAUUAA